CGCUAGCUAGCAGUGACGUGACCCGCGGUAGGACGUUGAGAGAAGCAAGCGACAGUGACGUCACGCCAUUACUUUCUUUUUUUUUUAAAAUAGAUACAUUUUUAAAAAACGAUGUGGAUUUAUGAGGACGCCAUCUUAGAUUCCGUGAUGUUUUCACACCAGAAUAAAACGAUGCGUCAAAUAAUGCAAAUGUCUGAUUAAUCAUUGGAAAUACGGAGGAAUUAGCUUCAUUUUGGUUUCAGCGACUAAAUGUCACGCUGUCUUGCCGAAAACAUAAAAACUCGAAAUGAAUUUAUUGUUAAAAAUAUUAGAGCUGAAACAAUAAAUCGAAUAUUAAAUGAUUACUCAAUUAAUCGACAACUAUUUGAUAAUCGGUUUGAAGUUUUUUUUCAUGAUUAAAACAAGGUUUCUGGUUGUUUCAGCUUCUUAAAUGUGAAUAUUUACCUAAUUUCUUUGCUCUAAACAACAAAGAAAGUGAAUCAUUUUGGUUUGUGGACAAAACAACACAUUUGAGAACGUUCGACGAACACCGAUCAACAUGUUUUAAGGUUUUCCGUGAUUUCAUGGACCAAACGAUGAAUCCAGAAAAUAAUCCACAGAUGAAUGGAUUCUGAAAAUAAUCGUUAGUUGCAGCUCUAAAAGUCUUUACAUCGUCGUUUUGAAGAUGCUUCGUCUUCAGUCACCGUGAUGUCAUACAUCAGAGGGGCGUGGCCUCUCCUUGGAGGCAGGUCAGGUGUUUGCAGGUGUCUCCAUAGAAACCAGUCGUCCAGCAGCAGCAGUGUGGUCCUUCAGUCCCGGUGCACCGACGUGUUCCAGAACCUGGCUCUGGAGGACUGGAUCGAUGCUAACGUGGACCUGCAGCAGCGCAGUGUCCUCCUGCUGUGGAGGAACCGCCCGGCCGUGGUGAUCGGGCGCCACCAGAACCCGUGGACUGAGUGCGACCUGACGGCUGUGAGGAGGAUGGGGAUUCCCCUGGCUCGCAGGCGGAGCGGCGGCGGCACGGUGUUCCACGACCUCGGCAAUCUUAACCUGACCUUCUUCACGUCCAAGAAGGCCUACAACAGGAAAAGGAACCUUAAGGUCAUCACUGACGCCCUGAGGAGCGCCGCGCCAGGACUGGACGUCCACGCCACAGACAGACUGGACAUUUUACUCAACGGACGCUACAAGAUCUCAGGAACUGCCUCUCGACUGAGCAGGAAGUCGUCGUACCAUCACUGCACCCUGCUUCACUCCGCUGAUCGCUCCGCCCUCUCCACUGUGCUCCGCCCCUCCUGCCCUGGUAUUGUCAGUAACGCCACGCCCAGUGUUCCCUCGCCUGUCGCUAACCUGUUGGACCACGCCCCCAUGCUGCAGUGGGAGGAGCUUGUGGACGGACUUGUGCGGCAGUACAACACAGAGUUCGGGUUCAGCGCCGCGUCGGCCUUCGUCGACCCGGCCGAUGAAUCUGCAUUUCCUGGCAUUAGCAGGGCGGCGGCAGAGCUGCGCAGCUGGGACUGGACGUUCGGGAAGACGCCGAAAUUCAGCGUCCAGACCGUUCUGGACCUGACGGACAAGGAGUCGGUGGUUCGCAGCUCCGCCCACCUGAACAUGGAGGUGAAGCACGGAUUAGUCAACAGCUGCGAGCUUUUCGUACCCGAUGACUGGCUUCCCCCACACCUGAGCGCCGCGCUCGCCAACGCUCUGGUCGGCGAGCGUUUCUGUCGCCGCCGAGCGUCCGCGUGUGUCGCCGUCGUCGCGUGUGACAGCGGCAACCUGCGGGGGCGACUGCGACGCCUGAGCAACGCCGUGCUGUCAGUCAUGAGCUGAGAUCAAACAGCUCAUGACUGCUGCCCCCGUAGGCUGAAGGACGUCAUUACAUGGUUAAAACACAUGACAAACUAUUUUAUUUUUUUAUUAAAAACAUGAAAAUCUC